AUGCUUGGCCUCGUACACGGUCCCGAUCCCGUGUUUGAUCAUUUCCUCGCUCACGUCUCUAAAUCCGUUCCAUUUGAGAACCAUCACUUUGGAAACGACCCGGUGGUACUGGUCCAGACUCAGCGGCUUCACGUACAGCGUGCGGCCGAGGAUGUAAUCACGGAGCCACUGCAGCGCAUCUUCGCUGAACGGCUGGGCUGGUUUGCCGAAAUGUGCUCUUUCUGGGGCAUCUACUCCGCACAAACGGACACUGACGGUUCUAUUUUUCAGCUUGCGGAACGUGUUGAUCUCGGGAACUUGCCGCAGCCAUCCCCAGCCAGCAAGACGGCCGCCCGGCAUGUGGAAAAAAUGGAAGUUGUCUCCGUCCCCGACAGACGUGACCUUGCCAAACAUGUAUCUUCUGCGAAACCAGUAAUUGGGUAUAUCUGUUGCGAGGUUGAUUCGUUUGAGAUUGCGCGAGUAGAACGCGUACCCGGUGAUAACCACGCUGGCUGUCCCGAACCCGUACAGCAAGACCAGCGGAUGGGUCAAAGAGACGUCAGACAUGGAAUUGGAACUGAAAUCGGAUCCCUUAGAAAAAAAACAAAAUAA